CGGCAGUUGCGCUCACUACAACCGGUAUUCUUCUGUCUUCCUACCGGGUCAGUUCAUGGUUAGCUUCGAGGUCUUCGUGUUCUGCUUCACUUUUACACUCUGGACGGUCUUUGUUCCUUUUAGCACGGCACUACAGAUGGACCUUAAAGGAACAGUGAAUGUGACCCAGAGCUCCUAUCAGGCAGAGGAGGACCAAGACAUCACACUGGAGUGGACCUUCACAACCAACAAUCACACUUCCUCCAACUCUCUUAAUAUCUUCUGUGAACUGAUAACUGACAGACUUUUAGUCCUGUUUCGUCUCCGUGAAGGAGUAGAGGUCCCAGAGUCUCAGGAUGAACAGUUUGCAGGACGAGUCCAGUGGGACAAAGACGUCCUCAGAGAAGGACGACUCAGACUUCAUGUGUCCAGACUCAGGACUGAGGACUCUGGACUGUAUGUCUGUAAAGUGUUGACACGUUAUGGGAGAAACUCUGGUAGAUGUUGGCUCAAUGUCACUGAGCCAGGCUCUGUUAAAACCUGGACGACCGAGACGCUGCUGCAUCCCAAAAUCCUCCAGACUCCAGGUCCAAACGAUGACACGGGUGUUGAAGGUGGGCGUCUGUACCUGAGCGUACCGAUCCUCGGUGUGUUUGGCUGCAUCAUCCUGAUCCUGAGUGUUGGACUCAGCGCAUAUUUACUCAAACUAAGGCAUCAACCCCAAACUGUAAGUCAGGAUGACUUAUUAAUUUAAGAGACAGCACCAGCACUACCUUCACUACUACGUCUGGGACAACAUUCAGUCGGGAGAUGACAGCCGCGGCAUUUCACCGGACCUUUAACCGACCCAAGGUGGAAGACAACCAGUUCUUCUCUGUAUCAGAUGGUUCUCCUCCACCAGCUGGGGGGGACUGGGAGGGAAAUACACCGUUCACACCCUGGCUUUUUGUGGUUCUGUUGUUGUAACGACGCUGUGUGACCAGAGGCCCGCGCUACGGAGCAAGAUUUGGCCUCAACGAGGAUACUUCAGGGUUUGGUGGAUCACGGCGGCAGAUCGCUUGUUGCCGGGUCAACGGUGCCUUCGCAUUGGCACAGUAACCACGGCUGCAAAGCGACAAAGAGCCAUUCAUUUCCUACGGAGAUUCGCAGGCCGCGAGCAAACUGGUCCCAACCGAUGCGAACGAAUGCGCUGUGGAAACAAAACUGGGUCUGUUGGUCAUCCGGAGGCGUUUUUUAUAAAAUAAAAAAAUAAAAAGUUGAACUCAUACGACAGGCAACGGAUGGUUCCCAUUAGGGGUUUUAUUGUAUGUCUACUACUAAUCUCAUGGGAAUAGUAACUACAUUUACAUACUGUCAAUGUGAUUUUUUUUUUAAAUCAAGAAUUGUUUUUGAAUCGAAUCGUGACUCUAAAAAUCCAUAUUGAAUGGUGACAUUUUCUGAAUCGUGCACCCCUAGUUCCUAUCCGACAAUUUUUAUUAGGGCAGUUGAUACGAUACCUGCUAUGGCUCGGUUGGUUAGCAACAGACAUCGGACUAUUGUUAUUAUAUCGCAUUUAACUGACCUGGCAUAUCAACAUCCCGGGCAACUUUUCUUAUUCCUCAAGUUUUUACUAGCUGAGAUAAUCUUUUUUUAAGAUUAAUUUUUUGGGCAUUUUAGUCCUUUUUAUUUUGAUUGGACAGCUGAAGACAUGAAGGGGGGGGGGCAACUUGCAGCAAAGGGCCGCAGGUCGGCGUCGAUAGAAGCUUGCAAAGGUAUUCAUACCCCUUGAACUGUUCCACAUUUUGUCACGUUACAACCACAAACAUGAAUGUAUUUGAUUGGGACUUUAUGUGAUGGACCAACACAAAGUGGCCCAUAGUUGUGAAGUGGAAGGAAAAUGAUCCAUGGGUUUUAAAUUUAUUUAUAUUUACAAAUAAACUGAAAAGUGUGGCGUGCUAAAGUAUUCCCCUGAGUCAGUACUUUGUAGAACCACCUUUCGCUGCAGUUACAGCUGCAAGUCUUUUUCGGGGUUAUGUCUCUACCAGCUUUACACAUCUAGAGACUGAAAUUUGUGCCCAAUUCUUGUUUUGAAAAAAUAGCUCGAGCUCAGUCGGAUUGGAUGGAAAGCAUCUGUGAACGGCAAUGUUCAAGUCUUGACAGAUAUUCUUAGGGCUGGACUUUGACUUGGCCAUUCUAACACAUGAACAUAUGAAUAUACUUUGAUAUAAACCAUUACAUUGUAGCUCUACCAACUGAGCUACCCAGGCACCCAGCUGAGAUAUUUCUUAAGUUUUAAGAAAUAUUUCUUAACCUAAAUGGUCUCUCUCUCUCUCUCUCUCUCUCUCUCUCUCUCUCUCUCUCUCUCUCUCUCUCUCUCUCUCAUUCUCUCACUGACCCCAGCCUCACCUUAUUUAUAUUAUACCGUAUAUAACAUUGUUGGGUUUUUAUUAUUAAAAACUAUAGUGUUUGUUUGUGAUCCAGUAUAGUUUGUUGCACUCAGUUCUUGUUUUCAAAUGUUGCUCUAAUGUUAGGUCUCGUGAUUACAGGAGAAGAAAUAAAUCUGUCUCCCAGAACAGCGUUUUGUUAUGCUGCCGGCCAAUCCUAGCUUUAGUGCCGUACCACAACAAUCGUCACUAUGGAAACCCUGAUAAGUGUCUUUUAUAGAAAGGCAGUAUUUGUUUCUUUUGUAUGUAUUUCUCUUUUUAAUGUAUGUUGUACGUCAUGUCUGUGUCUUCUGAAUGGACCUUCAGUCCCGCAAUAAAGCUGAUGAUGAUGAAGAUGA